UCGUUUACGAGUCGGUCACAGCUCUUUGCGAGUUGGCUAGCUAGCUAGCGAGCCUACAAACUGUCAACACCCCGAACUGGCCUGUUUUACCGGGGGUUUGGUGUUCUCUGGGAAUAGCUAGGGGGUUCCGAGGUUGGCACGAACUUAUCUGAGUCGGAAUAUGGGAUGAAAUGUAUUUAGUUCAGUUGUGGCUUUGUUGACACUCGGACUAAAGGAGCUAGCUAGCGUUAGCCAUGGCAGCUCUAUACAGCAGCGCUAGCUAGCUAACUAAUUAGCCGCGCCGCUAGCGCUCACUGUACCCGUGAUAUAUUCACUUUCUGACGCUGUCACACUUUUUACAUUCGUGGUGGAAAUACGGGAGAUGGAGCAGAAGGGUUAGCCGAAAGUUUAAUUAGAAUUAGUGGGGUUGUGUAACUGGUAUGUGAGCUCUGAGCACUGUUGCUGUGAGCUAGGGAACGAUAGCUAGGCUCGAUAAGGGCUUAUUUUCAGUUCAUCAGCUUCCCGGUUCGCAGAUGCCACCUAAACCUUACAGUUCCACUUUUCUUUAAAGUCGUUUUAUUUUCUAGCUUUUUGAUUGCUAAAUCUGCCGCCAUGCAUGACGCCUAUGAGCCCGUACCUAUUUUGGAGAAGUUGCCCCUACAGAUCGACUGCCUUGCGGCCUGGGAGGACUGGCUGCUUGUGGGUACAAAACCAGGCCACCUCCUUCUCUACAGAAUCAAGAAGGAUGCAGGUACGAAUAGAUUUGAAGUAACACUUGAGAAAUCCAACAAGAACUUCUCAAAGAAGAUACAGCAGCUGUAUGUUGUUUCCCAGUACAAGAUUUUGGUCAGUCUGCUGGAGAAUAACAUCCACGUCCAUGACCUACUCACUUUUCAGCAGAUUACUGUUGUAUCAAAGGCUAGAGGAGCUACACUCUUUGCUUGUGACUUGCAGCAAACCUCCUCCGGUGAAGCAAAAUUGCGGAUGUGUGUUGCUGUAAAAAAGAAACUACAGCUGUACUACUGGAAAGACAGGGAGUUCCAUGAGCUGCAGGGAGAUUUAGCAGUACCAGAUAUUCCCAAGUCCAUGGCCUGGUGUGAAAAUUCCAUAUGUGUUGGUUUCAAACGUGAUUACUACCUGAUUCGAAUGGAUGGACGUGGCUCAAUCAAAGAGCUGUUUCCAACAGGAAAGCAGCUAGAGCCGCUGGUUGCACCAUUGGCUGAUGGGAAAGUGGCAGUUGGUCAGGAUGACCUCACAGUUGUUUUAAAUGAAGAAGGAGUGUGUACUCAAAAGUGUGCCCUCAACUGGACCGACAUCCCUGUUGCAAUGGAGCACCAGCCCCCAUAUAUUAUUGCAGUGCUGCCACGGUAUGUGGAGAUCCGUACCUUUGAGCCCAGGCUGCUGGUGCAGAGUGUGGAGCUUCAGAGGCCACGCUUUAUCACCUCUGCUGGGCCCAAUAUAGUGUACGUUGCCAGCAACCAUUUUGUUUGGCGACUUGUGCCAGUCUCCAUAGCCAGCCAGAUCCGGCAGCUCCUGCAAGACAAGCAGUUUGAGCUGGCUCUUCAGUUGGCGAAAAUGAAGGAUGACUCCGAUGGUGAUAAAAGGCAGCAGAUUCACCACAUCCAGAACCUAUAUGCCUUUAAUCUUUUCUGUCAGAAGCGCUUCGAUGACUCCAUGCAGGUGUUUGCAAAGCUUGGAACAGAUCCUACACAUGUGAUUGGACUGUAUCCAGACCUACUACCCUCUGACUAUCGGAAACAGCUGCAUUACCCCAACCCACUGCCCACUCUCUCAGGAGCUGAGCUCGAGAAAGCCCACUUAGCUCUCAUUGACUACUUAACACAGAAACGCAGCCAUUUAGUAAAGCAGCUGAAUGACUCAGACCCCUCAACCACCUCCCCUCUUAUGGAAGGUACACCCACAAUCAAAAGCCGUAAAAAGCUCCUUCAGAUCAUAGACACCACCCUGCUUAAAUGCUACCUCCAUACAAAUGUCGCCUUAGUAUCACCCCUCCUGCGCCUGGAGAACAACCACUGUCAUGUAGAGGAGAGUGAGUAUGUGCUGAAGAAAGCCCACAAAUACAGCGAGCUCAUUAUCCUCUAUGAGAAGAAGGGCUUACAUCAGAAAGCCCUGCAGGUCCUUCUGGAUCAAUCCACUAAAGCCAACUCCCCUCUGAAGGGUCAUGAGAGGACAGUGCAGUAUCUCCAGAGGCUAGGCACAGAGAAUCUGGGUAUCAUUUUUGAGUUCUCCCCAUGGGUGCUGAAGAUUUGCCCAGAGGACGGUCUGAAGAUCUUCACAGAGGACCUGCCAGAGGUAGAAAUGCUUCCAAGAGACAAAGUGCUGGACUUCUUAAAGGAGGGCUUCAAGGAGCUGGCUGUGCCAUAUCUGGAGCACAUUAUCCAUGUGUGGGAUGAAAUGGGCCCUGAGUUCCACAACGUACUGAUCCAGCUCUACCUGGAGAGAGUACAGACCCUGAUGAAGGAGUAUCUCAACUCACUGCCUGAAGGUAUUCCAGCUGUAGCUGCAGGAAAAGAGGAAGGUGAGCUUGGAGAAUUUCGUAACAAGCUGCUGUGUUUCCUGGAUGUUUCCUCGGCCUAUGAACCAGAAAGGCUCAUCAGUGACUUCCCAUUUGAUGGUCUGCUGGAAGAACGAGCUCUGCUCUUGGGCCGAAUGGGAAAACACGAGCAAGCUUUAUUCAUCUAUGUGCACAUACUGAAGAACACAUACAUGGCAGAGGAGUAUUGCCACAGGCAUUAUGACAAAUUAGCAGAUGGAAGUAAAGAUGUGUACCUGUCUCUGCUCCGCAUGUACCUGUCUCCUCCAGAUGUGCAUUGUCUUGGUCCCAUUAAGAUGGAGUUAUCUGAGCCCCAGGCAAAUCUCCAGGCUGCCCUGCAGGUCCUUGAGCUGCACCACAGCAAGCUCAACACUACCAAGGCCAUAAACCUGCUCCCAGCGAACACUCAGAUACGGGAGAUCCGCGUGUUUCUGGAGAGUGUAUUGGAGGAGAAAGCUCAGAGGAAACGCUUUGACCAGGUCCUUAAGAGUCUGCUCCAGGCUGAGUUCCUGCGGGUCCAGGAGGAGCGGAUCUUUCAUCAGCAGGUGAAGUGUGUUAUUACUGAGGAGAAGACCUGCCGGGUGUGCAAGAAAAAAAUUGGAAACAGUGCCUUUGCCAGGUAUCCAAAUGGUGUGGUGGUCCAUUACUUCUGCUGCAAGGAUCGCAGUCUGUGUCCUACUGAAUAGGAAGAUUCCCUCCAAACAGAUGCACUUAUACAAAUCUCUGACUAUUUCGAAGACCAUUAUAAUUGACACUUAAAAGAACGACCUCACUGCAUUAUCGAAGGAAAUGUCAAUCUGGAAUGGUAUUUGGUUUGAGUCAAACUUACUGAACCUUGGACUGAUUCCUCUUUUGAUGGCUAUGGAUGGAGACCUAUCUGUAUAGCAAUGCAAGUAAGGUCUUGUUACGUUCUGCUCAGAUAAUUAAGUUGAUGCACAGCACAUACUGUAGAAUCUUGCAUUCUUGGGAGGAAAAACUCAGUGCCUCUCCUUCACUUCUUUGUUUGUGUUCUUUUAUUUUGAGGUACAGUUUUUGUCAAAGUUUACUAUGAGCAAUUAUAUAUGUAAAAUUAAAUGCCUGUAUUUCAUGUGUUAAGCUUGUCCUCUGUUGUGUUCCAGUUCGCACAGUAUACACAGACUGUUAUGCUGAGCCUAGCUCGUGAGUGGGCUCUCUGCUUCACUGUAUUAGCUUUAGGAUGUCCUGGCUGCCGUAUUGGGGGGGGAUGGUAUACCAGACACCAGCUCAAAACUUUUCUCUGAGCCUUCUUGCAAGGGCCAGCACUCACAAGGGCCCUUUAUCAUAGAUUGGCUGCACAAAUUAGUAGGUUGUAAAUUAUUUGUUGUUUCUUAUUUCCUUGCACUUGCUCUGUUUUUUUUUUUUUUUUUUUUUUUUUUUUUUUUUUGGUGGGUCUCAGACAUGUAGCAAGACCAUACGGAAGUUGCAAACAAAGCGGUUUCUCAGUUUGUAACUUUUUAAUACAAAGCAAAAGCAGUGUUUUUGUUUUUCUAUCUUUUUAGCUGGAAGCGUAAUAAUAACAGCAGCUGUUCACCAAUCACAGUAGCAUGGCACUUUUUGACUUCUAUUUAACUUAUGGCUUUAAUUUAUUCUUCAUAGAGGAUUUGCUCUAACAAAAGUAACUAAUGAUUAGAGUGGAUCCUUCUACGCAGGUGUUUGAUAAUCUCUCACAGAUGGAAAGCAGCCCUUAGGGGGCACCAGCACUCUGGCUUCUUGUUAAAAUGUGUUCUGUGAUCUGUCAGAAUAACAGUCAUCAAAUACUUGUCCUUAAAAAGGAUCAGUAAACCCUGUUUCCUUCAAUUAUGGUUUAUUCAACCAAGAUCAUGACUGUUGCUAAAACUGAGGAGAUGAAUGACGGUUGCUUAUGUUUGUAAGCUGUGUACCAUAAUGAUAUGUGGUGGGGUUUGAAGAAUGUUUCAUGUAUAGAUUGUAUUUUACACCAUUUUACAUAUGAAUUGGGGGAUAUGUUGAUGCUAAUAAACAUGCAUCUUGUCAA